AUGGGUCUGGCCCUGCUGCCCGGCUUCUGCCCCCUGCUGCUCCUCUGCCUCUGGCUGCAAAGCUCCUGCGCCAAUGAAAUCCUGGGUCUGAAGCUGCCGUCGGAGCCGGUGCUGAACGCCAACACCGUGUGCCUGACGCUGCCCGGCCUGACGCGGCGCCAGCUGGAGGUGUGCGUCCGGCACCCCGACGUGACGGCCUCCGCCAUCCAGGGCAUGCAGAUCGCCAUCCACGAGUGCCAGCACCAGUUCCGGGACGAGCGCUGGAACUGCUCCAGCCUGGAGACCAAGAACAAGAUCCCGUACGAAAGCCUCAUCUUCAGCCGAGGCUUCCGGGAGAGUGCCUUCGCCUACGCCAUCGCGGCCGCUGGGGUGGUGCACGCCGUCUCCAACGCCUGCGCCCUCGGCAAGCUGCAGGCCUGCGGCUGCGACCAGCAGCGCCGGGGGGACGAGGAAGCCUUCCGCGUGAAGCUGCACCGGCUCCAGUUGGAGGCCAUGAACCGAGGCAAAGGGAUGGUGCAUGGGGUCCGGCUGGAGCACCUGCCAGCCGAGACCCCAGGGCUCCAGGACUCCUGGGAGUGGGGGGGCUGCAGCCCCGAUGUGGACUAUGGGGAGAAGUUUUCCAAGGAUUUCCUAGACUCCCGGGAAACCUACAGGGACAUCCACUCCCGCAUGAGACUGCACAACAACCGUGUUGGCCGGCAGGUGGUGCUGGAUAACAUGCGGAGGAAAUGCAAGUGCCACGGCACCUCCGGGAGCUGCCAGCUGAAGACGUGCUGGCAGGUGACCCCCGAGUUCCGCCUGGUGGGCUCCGUGCUCAAGGAGCGCUUCUCCGGGGCCACGCUGAUCCGGCCCCACAACAGGAACACGGGGCAGCUGGAGCCAGGCCACGUGCGGCACCGGCGCCGAGCCAGCAUCGGCAACCUCAUCUACUUCGAGAAAUCGCCCGACUUCUGCGAGCGGGAGCCGGCCCUGGACUCCAUGGGCACCCAGGGCCGGCUGUGCAACAAGAGCAGCCCGGGCAUGGACAACUGCGAGAGCCUGUGCUGCGGGCGGGGCCACAACAUCCUGCGCCAGACGCGCAGCGAACGCUGCAACUGCAAGUUCCACUGGUGCUGCUUCGUGGCCUGCGAGGAGUGCUGCCACACCGAGUGGGUCAGCGUCUGCAAGUGA